UGUUAUGCUACAGGGAAUUUAGCCUAUAGCUACUAUAGCGUUAACAUUGAGUCAUAGGCUGCUAUAGGCUUAGCUUACUAUUAGUAUUUGCAAAGGCGUUAUAGUGGCUGAUAUGAAAGAGGUUUUGUAGUAUAUAUAUGUAUGGACAUCACUUGGAUGCGGCAUGGGGGCGAACAACCGUUGAUAUACCCACUGGCAGCAGAUUUUAGGUAAAUGACUCGUCAAACAUGUGUCUCUCCGCCCCCCAGCCAUUCAAGUGCGACACUUGUCAUUUGUCGCCUGAAGCAAUAGGCAGUGCUAGCUAGUCUGUCAUACAUGACCCGAACUGUGGGAUUUGGGACUUUACCAUUAUUUAGCCCRCCACAUCAAAAUGACUUGGAGACUUUUGGUCCUCGGUGGGGCAUGCUUGCUUCUUCUGGGUGUGGGGGGUCAGUGCAAAGAGCAACGAAACCGGAGAACGGUGUCUUUCCAUCAGACUCAGCAAGAUGGGGACCAACGCCAAGUCCUCUCACGGCCAGAGAGGGAUACCACAGCUUCUCCAAGACCCACUUUCACCGCUUGUAAACUCCCUCUCACACCAUUAGAACACCGGGUGUUGGAUCAAAAUACACACGAGACAGGGUUUCAUGGUGACGAUGGCUCCAGUUUUACUGUCACAUGGGUUGGAGACGGGACAGGAGUAAUCUUGGUGUUGUCUACAAUCAGUGCUCCUCUAGAUUCCUUCUUCGAGGGCGGUUCUUCACGAUUGUACCGCAGUGCAGACUAUGGCAAGUCUUUCCAUGAUAUUUCUCAUCUCAUCAACAACACCUUCAUAAGGAAGGAAUUUGGACUUCUGGCUGGACCAGGGAACUCUCAACAGGUGAUUCUGACUGCAGACACACCGGUUUUGGACAACCCCGGUGGCGUCAUCUUUACCUCAACUGAUGCCGGAGUGUCGUUUAAGUCUGUUCAGCUGCCUUUUCACCCGGCCCAGCCAAUCACCUUCCACUUCUUGAAUCCCGAGUACUUAGUGGUCAUCAGCAUAGAUGGCGGCCUGUGGCUUUCUCUGGACUUUGGGGCUGUGUGGACAAAGGUUCAUGAAGGAACACAAUCUUUCAUGUGGGGCUCCGGCAUCACUCUCUUCUUCAGCUUCAGUCCCAAAGGAACAGGUGAGAGCAGGGUGGUAUUCAUUAGGAGCCCACGUGUCAUAUGUGUCCUCAGACCAAGGGGACCACUUCAACAAGGCCCAGUACCCUCCGCCUCCACUGAGCAGUUCUACUCGGUUCUGGAUGGGGAUGAGGACAUGAUCUUCAUGCAUGUGGACAAUCCAGGAGAGGAAAGCUACUUUGGGACGGUGUACACGUCAGAUGACCRGGGCAUCCUGUACUCUAAGUCUCUAGAGCGCCACYUSUUUGGUGGGGRAGGGAAGAGCGACUUCACCAACGUCACCUCCAUGAGAGGAGUGUACCUCACCAACGUACUGGAGGAGGACGGCCGCAUUCGGACAGUCAUUUCAUUUAACCGAGGGGGAGAGUGGACACUACUCAACAAGCCCCAGAAUGUUGAUUGUGGUGAGGAUUCAAGAAAUGAUUGUAACUUGCACAUCCACGGUGAGCACAGUCGCUACAACGGCAUCACUCCCAUGCUGCCUCUCUCUGACCCCACUGCCGUUGCCUUCGUCAUCGCCCACGGUAACCAAACUGUCAAUCAUACAUAUCACAGACAUGUUGCAUUGUGAUACUCUGUAUUACCGUAGUGUACAGGAUGUCGUGCACUACAUGUUGCAUUGUGAUACUUCUGUAUUACCGUAGUGUACAUGAUGUUGUGCACACAUGUUAGCAUUGUAGGAAUCUUGAAGGAC